CAGAUAUUUCGUCGUUAUUACCUCCCUUUGCGGGGCGGGGCGGGGCGACGCUUUUAUCUCCUCUAACUUUUCCUUUUAUACAAAAUGCAACUGAUUGAUAGUAUUUUUAUAUAAAUUUGGAGUGAGAUAGGUAAACAUUCAUCACGGAGCCACGAAAACGACAAGAAAAGCAGGAGAAUUGCAAAUUGUGAGUCGUAAUUUGUCGUAAUGGCUAAUCGCUAAGUCACUUGCAGCUGUUGGCUGUUGUUAUUGUUUAUUACGGCAACGAUGCACAAUCGCGUACGUACGUGAUCGAUUGCUCCGAUCGUGACGACGACAACGACGACGACGACGACGAGAGUAAGGGUGCCGCGGAGGCACGCACGAAACAGCUGAUUGGUGGAGUGACUCGUUUCGUCCGAGUCCAGGUCACAGCCGUUGUCUUCAAUCGCGAGGAGUGGAUUAACGGUCAUGGCGGGUUUCGUGCUCCGAGUGAAGACUAAAUCGGGCCAGAAGGUUGUCCACGGUCUCACGGCCAACGACAAGGUGUCGCAGCUGAAGACGAAGCUCGCCGAGGUCACCGGGGUACCAGCUGCCGCUCUCCAGGUCCUAGCCGGUUUCCCGCCGAAGCCCGUCGAUCUUGACACGGCCGACGUUACAAUCGAGAACGUCGGCAUCAUCUCCGGAGAUACCCUCAUUGUCGAGGAAAAACAGAUCGUGUUCAAUAGACAUGAGCAGAGACUGGACAAUCUUGCAUCCAAUCUCGGACGGUCGCAUAUCGUCGACCAGGAGAACUUUGCCAAUAGACCAGGUGUUCUGAUGAGAAAAGUUGUACCUGCUGACAAUUCCUGUCUCUUCACCAGCGUGGGUUAUGUCCUGAAUGGCAAAGUGGAUACUAGCUGUGCUAGUUUUAUGAGGGAGAUUAUAGCAUAUGCGGUAGCAGCAAAUCCAAGUGAAUACUCUGAAGCAUUUUUGGGUAGGCCCAAUGCCGACUAUUGCGAGUGGAUUCUCAAAUCUGAUUCCUGGGGCGGCGCCAUCGAACUAUCGAUCUUGUCCAAAUUUUAUGGUUUGGAAAUAGCAGUGAUCGAUAGUAUUAAUGCAAUCAUCAAUAGGUUUGGCGAGGAUCGACAUUAUGCUCAAAGGGUCUUUCUCAUAUUCGAUGGGAUCCAUUAUGAUCCUCUCUACCUGGAGCCGCUCGAUGGUGGCAGUAUCCAAACGAUCUUUCCCACCGAGGACGAAAGAAUGCUGCUAGAAGCCGCUCAACUCGCAAAAGAAGCAAGAUCGAGUCGCCAGUUCACAGACGUGCAAAGAUUUACCCUGAUAUGCAUCGACUGCAAGAUCACACUAAACGGACAAGCGGCGGCGCAGCAGCACGCCAAGGACACCGGUCACAAGAAUUUCGGCGAAGUAGUAGCGUAGCCCUGUAUCAGCAGCUCAUAUGAUCUAACUCGGUGACUAUCCUUGACUCUAAACAGUAUGUCUUUGACAGUCGUUUUCUUCGGUUGGAACUUUUGAGGAUUUCGGUUUAUUCUUAUUACAUCACAUAUUCUUGUUAUACGCUUUAAUUUAAGCACUUAUUAUUGUAAAUUUUUUAUGUAUAAAGAAUCCAAACGGCAAAUUCCGUGCUUCUGUGUUAAGGAAAGCACAUGUGAUAUUUUUAUAAAUUCGCAAUUUAUAGUGCAAUUGUGUGUGCGAAUUGUAAAUAUUUAUCUAGGAAAUGAAUUUAUUAUAUUUUGAGUGAGGAAUUAUUUUUUAUUGCUAUUUAUUAUUUUGGAAUUAUUUUCAUUUGAUACUUUAUUAUAAAUGUACUAGAAAGCAAAUUUAUAUUUUUUAGAAAUAUUUCAUACUGUUUAGCACUGAAGGAUUGCCGUUUUACAGCUAAAAGGAAAAGAGAGUUAAUAUCUUUUUCUACUUCAUCGAUGCGCUUGCAAAUAGUAACAUUAUCAUUAAUGCGAAUUUGUUUGCAAUUAAAAAUUGUUAAUGCGCAUAAUACACAAGUUACUCACUUUGAUUAAACA